AUGCUUUUUGCUGGUUGGUUUCAUUAUCACAAAGCUGCUCCAAAAUUGGCUUGGUUUCAAGAUGUAGAAUCCAUGUUGAAUCACCAUUUGGCAGGUCUACUAGGACUUGGGUCUCUUUCUUGGGCGGGGCAUCAAGUACAUGUAUCUUUACCAAUUAACCAAUUUCUAAAUGCUGGAGUAGAUCCCAAAGAGAUCCCACUUCCUCAUGAAUUUCUCUUGAAUCAAGAUCUUUUGGCUCAACUUUAUCCAAGUUUUGCUGAGGGAGCAAGCCCAUUUUUUACCUUGAAUUGGUCAAAAUACGUGGACUUUCUUACUUUUCGUGGAGGAUUAGACCCACUAACUGGUGGUCUAUGGCUGACUGAUAUUGCACAUCAUCAUUUAGCUAUUGCAAUUCUUUUUCUCAUUGCUGGUCAUAUGUAUCGAACUAACUUGGGUAUUGGUCAUGGUAUAAAAGAUAUUUUAGAAGCCCAUAAAGGCCCAUUUACAGGCCAGGGUCAUAAAGGUCUAUAUGAGAUCCUAACAACAUCAUGGCAUGCUCAAUUAUCUAUUAACCUAGCUAUGUUAGGCUCUUUGACCAUUAUUGUAGCUCACCAUAUGUAUGCUAUGCCUCCUUAUCCAUACCUAGCUACUGACUAUGGUACACAACUGUCAUUGUUCAUACAUCACAUGUGGAUUGGGGGCUUUCUCAUAGUUGGUGUUGCUGCACAUGCAACCAUUUUUAUGGUAAGAGACUAUGAUCCAACUACUCGAUACAAUGAUCUAUUAGAUCGUGUUCUUAGACAUCGUGAUACAAUCAUAUCACAUCUCAACUGGGUGUGUAUAUUUUUAGGCUUUCACAGUUUUGGGUUGUAUAUUCAUAAUGAUACCGUGAUUGCUUUAGGGUGCCCUCAAGAUAUGUUUUCAGAUACCGCUAUUCAAUUACAACCUGUCUUUGCUCAAUGGAUACAAAAUACCCAUGCUUUAGCACCUGGCACAAUAGCCCUUGGUGCAACAACAAGCACUAGUUUGACUUGGGGCGGUGGUGAUUUAGUGGCAGUGGGCAGUAAAGUAGCUUUGUUACCUAUUCCAUUAGGAACUGCAAAUUUUUUGGUACAUGCAUUUACUAUUCAUGUAACAGUAUUGAUACUCCUAAAAGGUGUUCUAUUUGCUCGUAGCUCACGAUUGAUAUCGGAUAAAGCAAAUCUUAGUUUUCGGUUCCCUUGUGGUGGCCCUGGAAGAGGGGGGACAUGCCAAGUAUCCGUUUGGGAUCAUGUCUUCCUAGGAUUAUUUUGGAUGUACAAUGCAAUUUUUGUAGUAAUAUUCCAUUUCAGUUGGAAAAUGCAGUCAGAUGUUUGGGGAAGUAUAAAUGAUCAAGGAGUAGUAACUCAUAUCACAGGAGGAAACUUUGCCCAGAGUUCGAUUACCAUUAAUGGGUGGCUUUACGAUUUCUUAUGGGCACAGGCAUCCCAGGGACGUGCUGUAGGAGUAACACAUUACCUUCUGGGUGGAAUUGCCACAACGUGCUCGUUCUUCUUAGCAAGAAUUAUUACAGUAGGAUAA